AUGGCUUCCGUCUCUUAUUUCUCCAACUUUUUCUACUCUCAACUCUUCGUUACCGUGCCGAAACCAACUACCAGUUUUAAGGACCGCAUUGUCAUCGUCACUGGGGGCAACAUUGGCCUUGGACUCGAGACGGCACGUACCAUUGCCUCUCUCGGUGCCGCCAAAGUCGUUAUUUCCUCUCGUUCGACAUCUAAAGGAGAAGCUGCUCGCGCCGAUAUUCUGGAGACUACGAAGCGCGAGCCAGCUGCCGUCGAAGUUUGGCCACUGGACCUGUGCUCCUUUGACAGCGUCCGAGCCUUCGCUUUGCGCGCCAAGUCGCUGCCUAGACUUGAUGCACUGGUUUGCAACGCAGGUAUUGCGACCAAUAUCUUCAAGCUAGCCGAAGGUCAUGAAUCCUCGAUUACGACCAACGUCAUCUCGACCUUUCUACUCUCCUUCCUCCUGUUCCCACUGCUUAAGGAAACCGCCACCCGCACCAGUAGCCUCUCACACCUUGUAAUUGUCUCGUCGGAAGUGCACUUCUUCACCCAAUUGGCCGAACGCAAAAAGGACCCCAAUCUACCGAUCUUCGAUAUCCUCCGCUCCAAAGAGAAUUCAGAUAUGCAGGAUCGCUACAAUGUCUCUAAGCUCCUCGACCUCUUGGUCGUCCGCGAACUCUGUACUCCGCCUGACGGUCCCGCCUCUGGAACAUACCCCGUGGUCAUCAGCGCCCCUCACCCCGGUCUAUGCGCUAGCACUUUACGACGCGAUCCUCAAGAAGGCCCCUUUCUCGCGCGUUGGGGUGUGUACCUCGUGGAGCGGGCCUUGCAGCGGACGAGUGAGCAUGGCGCGCGCAACUUCGUUAUCUGCGCGUCCGCGGACGAGAAGUACCACGGGCAGUACGUGAGUGAUGGCGUGCCCAGGGAUCCCUCACCGUUUGUGCUGAGCAACGAGGGAAAGGAGGUGCAAAAGGCGGUAUGGGAGGAGCUGAAGAAUAUUUUGGAGGAGAUUGAGCCGGGUGUCACGAUGAAUAUAUAA